AUGACGCUCUCUUAUCUUCGCAAUAUCGCCUUCCUCCUCGCCCUUUUCGUUGUCUCUAUUCAGUGCACAAAUGGCACUGGUGAGGCAGUAACCACUCGAUUCUGGGACUGUUGCAAACCGUCCUGUUCAUGGAAAGAAAAAGCGAAGUUCUCCUCGCCGGUGCUCACCUGCAAUAAAGCAGACGAACCCUUCAGGGAUUUCAGUGCUGGGACCGGCUGUAAUGGCGGAACUGCUUAUUCCUGCUCUGAUCAACAACCAUGGGCAGUGAACGAUACCUUCUCCUAUGGAUUCGCGGGUAUCUUCGUCAUGGGCCAUGUUGAAGAUUUCUGGUGUUGUGCCUGCUACCAACUGAACUUCACGAGCGGACCAGUGAAGGGCAAGAGCAUGAUCGUCCAAGCAUCCAAUACAGCAUACGAUGUGACCACGUCCAAUCGAUUUUCUCUGGCGAUACCGGGAGGAAACACAACCUCUCAUGACGCCUGCGCCAAUCAGUUUGGUGUCUCACAGAACGUCUUCGGAGAGACAAAUUCAGGUGUUAAGUCCAUAGAUGACUGUGAAAAUUUGCCAAAAGCAAUGCAACCUGGUUGUCGAUGGCGCUUCGACUGGUUCAAAGACGCCCAGUAUCCCAGCGCAACCUUUGCACGCGUUAUCUGUCCAGCAGUACUGUCUGACAAAACGGAGUGCAAGCGCGACGAUGACAACGAGAAAGCGACUGUUGCUGCCAACGCCCAGAUACAUUCAUCGUCUGCCACCAACCUUUCUCCAGCCAGGUCCGUUCUUGCAGCCGCCACCAUGCUCAUCACUGGACUACUCUGGGCAUAG